AUGCGCUCCGGUACUAGCACCUCCCAGACAGAGUUGGGAGAAUAUGCCGGAAGCCGACAUGCCGAUACAACUGAGGCGCAUGAGACAACCUCUCUCCCUCCAGUCGAUCGCGGACGAGCGGCAUGGCUCUUCCUUUCAGGCAGCUUCUGCAUUGAGAUGCUUCUCUGGGGCUUUCCAUUCUCUUUCGGUGUGCUCCAGGAUUAUUAUUCGACGCAUCCUCCCGUAUCACAGAAUUCGACAGGCAUUUCGGCCAUUGGGACAACAUGUUCAGGAAUCAUGUACUUGGGUGCGCCAAUAGUCUUCCUCGCCUUCCAAAGAUGGCCGAUGUUCCUGCGUCGGAGUUUGUUCAUUGGUCUGCCCAUUGUCGUACUGGCGGUCUUGCUCUCGAGUUUUGCUACCAAGUCAUGGCACCUCAUUCUUACCCAGGGAAUUCUGUACGCCAUUGGCGGCAAUCUCGUCUAUUAUCCCAUUUACAGUUUCAUCGACGAGUGGUUCGUACGCCGCAAAGGGUUCGCCUAUGGAGUCAUGUGGGCUGGCUCUGGAUGCGGAGGGCUGGCAGGUCCUUUAGUGCUUCAAUGGGGCCUUAGCAAAUACGGUGUUGAGACCUUCUUGAGGGGGUGGGCCAUCGCUCUGUUCAUCUUGAUCGCCCCGUUUCUGUUCUUUGUCAAACCUCGAAUUCCCCCUUCCAGAGCUCACCGGGCGCCGGCACGAGCUAUCGUUGCCGGGUUUGGAUUUGUGAAGACGAGGCAAUUCUGGAUCAUUGAGAUCUGCAACAUCAUCCAAGGGUUGGGAUAUUUCGUGCCCCAGCUUUACCUUCCUACUUAUGCACGCAUCAACGGACUCCAUUCGGGCUCCCUCCUCGUAUCAUUGCUCAACGUCGCACAAGUCCCUGGCGUCAUGUGUCUCUCGACUCUAUCAGACAAAGUCCCUGUAUACACGGUCAUCCUGAUCUCCUCGCUGGGCUCCACCUUGGCCAUCUUCCUCCUUUGGGGCCUUGCAUCGUCCUCCACGGCCCUUUUGAUUGCAUUUACGUUGUGCUAUGGGUUCUUUGCGGGAGGCUUCACGGCUGUCUAUGCUGGCGCCGCCCAGGAGUUCCGUCGUGUCACUCCUGGCGGCGACACCGGUAGAGCGGACUUGGGGAGCAUGAUGGGCCUCCUCGGCGGUGGUAGAGGGAUCGGGAACGUGGCGUGUGGUCCUGUCAGUGAAGCACUGUUGCAUGGCAGCGUUGCGGGGUGGAAAGGUGCAGCAGGUGCCUACUCGGGCAGCUUUGGGCCUCUCAUUGUCUUCGCGGGGACGACAGCAGCGUUGACCAUGUCGAGUUGGCUUGCCAAGGUCUUGAAGAUUGUUUAA